AUGUCGCUCUCUGUUGACAAUACGCCGCACCGCGCAGAUUUUGUUGGGGCGGUUGACCAGUCCCGCAAGCCGCGGACGUACACCUUUCAGCUCCAAGUCCGGACCGGACCACAGAGCUUGUGGCGGAUGUUCCCGCUUCCGGUCAAGGAGGACUCGUUGCUGCUCAGCAGCAUGCUCUCGAGUGUCAGUCUCUCGGAAGUGGCCUCGGGGGGUGUACGGGUGGGCGGGAACGGAGCGGGUGGCAUGCGGGACGAUGGUCAACGAGGAGGCGGAAAAAGUGACCGGUAUCCUGACGGCGUUGGAGUCGCACUGACUGUUCUCCUUGCGGCGUUCAACCACACGUACCCGACGCUCAACAUUACCGAGACGACGCUCUGGGAGCCAGACCUCAAGUCGCGCUCGUGCGUGCUUGGUUCCAUCCUCGGGGUGGUGGUCGAUGAGACGCACGAGUGGCAGCUGGCCAUGAAUGGUGAGGCGGUCGAGUACGCGACGAUGACGCUGUCGACGAUCGGCCCAGGCGAUGUGAUCCAGCUCGACUAUGUCAAGAAGCGCACACACGGGACACCGCGCAUGGCGCAUUCGGGCGCACAGAGUCUCGUAUCUUCGCUCUCAUGCUCAUCGUCGGCAAGGUAUUCGCACGACAAGACGAUGAUUGCCGGGGACGAGGGCUGGGACCGAACGGGCAUGUCGACGACCGAGUACGAGAAGAGCCUGGUGAUAGGCAACGUGACGACAACCUCUUUUGUCUCGUCGGCCGAUAACAGCGGCAGCGCGCCGGCCAAGUCUCCUCCGCGCUCAUCGUAUCACUCGAGUCGUCGCAUGGGUACCGAGACCGGGUCGGCGGCGGUGCUGUUGAGUGUCGCCUCGGUCACCGCUGUUUCGGCCGGCGUCGAGCACUGUGAUGGCGACCGGACCAGGCACGCGAGGUGCAGUGCUGGUGCCGGGAGCAGGAGGCGAAAGACGACCGGUGCACUCGCGGACGAGUCGCUCUCCGACUCGACGUUGUGA